AUGCCGACAAACCCAAGUUAUAAUUGGCUGAGACUUCAGAAUGUUUACUAUGAUAUAAGAACUUGUUAUGAUCAUUUAAAUUGGUCAAUUGAUAAUAUUCAUUCUAAUUUUAAAAUCUCAAUUUCAACAAAUUCAACUUUAAUUGCAUUAGCAUCAAAAAAUGUACCAUAUCCGAACUUAAUUGAUAUAUAUAGCAUAAGUGGUAAUAAAAUAUGGUCAAUUGUAUAUAAUAGUACUCAGUCUGAUUAUAUAUUAGGUUUUUAUUUCAAAAAUGAGGAGUUAGUUUUACUACUUAAUAAUGGGAAAUAUCGACAUUACUUGGACUUCAAGGGGAAUUUCAACGAGUAUCAAAUAUAUAGUGAUAUCAUAAGUCUAGAUAAUAUAAGUGUCAAUGGAAACUCAGAUCAGGAUAAUUUAAAUGGAAAUGAAAUAAAUUCUGGGAGAUUGAUAACUAACUUAGAAAACAAUGAAACCGAAGAAGUCACAAACAUACUAGAAGCACAAGUUUACCGACAAUAUCUCAUAAUUCGACUAGAAAAUAAAUUAAUCAUAAGUGAUCUAAAUACUCAUCAAAACUUCGAAAUCAAAUUGAAUCAAUAUGUACCGAAGGAUAUUGAAGGAUUUGCAGCACAUAUAGAACACAAAUCAGAGAGAUUGCUUAUUAAUUUGGCUUGGAAAAAUACCGUCUUAGUUAUUGGAAUAGAUUUUGGAUUGUCUAACUAUGAAAUUUUAGAUCAAGAAUUGACGGAUGGUCCAUUUAGUAGUAUCUCAAUAUCGGAAAGUGGUCAAUUAAUCUCGCUACACAAUGAAUCAACCAGAAAGAUAUUUGUCGUAAGUAGUGCAUUUGACCAAGUUUUAUUGGAAUAUGAUACUGCGAACGAAUCAAGUUCUCCUUAUCAAGUUGAAUGGUGUGGAAACGAUGCGAUCGUCUUAUCAUUCAAGGACGAGGUCAAGUUAAUUGGACCAGGUCAGCAAUCAAUAUCAUUUUUCUAUGAUAUAGAUGACGAUGAUGAAUUUGAUAUUGACAAUUUAUUAUUAAAAAAUUCAAGUAAAGAUGAUCUUAGUUAUACCAUUCCUAUAUUACAUCACUUACCCGAUGGCAUAAGAAUUUUGACUUCAAAUAAAUGUCAAUUUUUAUCAAGAGUUCCUGAAAAGAUUGUUUCAAUGUAUCAAAUAGGUUCAAAUAGCCCCAGUGGUUUAUUAGCCGAUUGUAUCGACAAAUUUGAAUUAAAUGCAUCAAAAGCCAAUGCGAACAUAAAUUUUUUGAAGAAUGAUAAUUUGUUGCCUUUAGCAAUGGAAGAUUGUUUGAAUGUUGCACUUUAUGAAUUUGAUCCCGUGUGGCAAAAAAGAGCCCUACGAGCAGCAUCAUUUGGUAAAAUUUACGACACAGAAAAUCAGUUUGAUUCGAACGAGUAUUUAGGUGCACUAAAUAUUGUAAAAGUUUUAAAUCAAUUGAGAAGUUUUGAAUUAGGUUUAUUUUUGACUUAUUCAGAAAUUGAAAUCUUAGGAUGGGAGGAAGUUGUCAAAAUGUUACUUAGAAGAGAUCAACACUAUUUAUCUUUGAAGAUAAUUGACAAAUUAGAAUUAAAAAACUUGUUACCUGUGGUAUAUAUUCACUAUUGUUGCACCCUUAUCAGAAAUGACUCUUCAUCAUCAGAUUCAAAAUUAUUCAAACAAAUACUCAAGAAAUUGAUUUCUGGUGGGAAUGACAAAACGAAUUACAUCACUACAUCUGACAUUGUUGAUGUAGCAGAUGAAGAAGGACGUACUGAAUUACGUAACUCCUUGAUCAAUAUAGAUCCAUCAAUAACCAAUAAAAUCCGUGAAUACAUAAGUUAUGAAGAGUCUGAGUUGGCUUUGAUCAAAUCUUUCCAAUCUGGAGAUUAUGAUUUGAGUGUGCUAAUAUUAAUAUACCUUCAAGAAACUACUUCCUUAUCGGACUUUUUCAAAAUUCUCAAUCAGAAUGAGAAACGAGUCAAGGAAGACGAGCUGAACAUUAAUGGAGAGAUUGACUCACGAACCGAAAAUAUUCCCGUGGAAGGUGAUGUAAUUGGACAUACUUGGCUAUCAUCAAUUGGAGAACUAGAGCCAAGAAUAAUGGAGAAAUUUUUAUCACAUCAAGACAGAUCUGAUGAAGUUGACUUAUACAAACUCAAACAAUUCCGAAAAUUGAACUCCAACCCUGAGGGUGAAGAUUACUACAAUCAAUACAAAAAAUUACUUCAAAAAUUAAUUAGAAAGUCUACACAUCAUACAAGCAUAAAGACAUUUCAGAGGGAACUUGACCUUUUGGAAAAGCAAAAAAAAUUGGAAGAGAUAUACUCACAAAGCUUUUAUAAAUAUCAGUCAAUAAGCGCUGUAAUCAAACAGCUAAUUUCAAUGCAUCAAAUAAAGCCAGCUUCAAAAUUGGUAAAAGAAUUUCAAAUAGGUCAAGAGAAAUUUUGGUAUUUAGUACUAUCAACCUACUCAAAGACGAAGGAUUAUGAUAGAUUAUAUGAAUUUGUAUUUGGAUCAUUGGAUUCAACUAGUGCGAAAUCUCCAAUCGGGUUUGAACCUUUUAUUGACGCAGGAUUUGAGUUUAAUUUUCCUAGACGACAUAUUUCUGCAUACAUAUCUAAUUCGGUUAAAUAUAAAUACGAUGAGAAAGUUAGAUUAUUUAUUAGGAAUGAUGAUUAUGAACUGGCUGCUCAAGAAGCUUUUAAAAAUAAAGAUGUUGAAAUUUUGAAAAAUCUUAGCAAAAACGUUCCGCAAACGAAUUCGACAGCUAGUAAUAUCAUAAAUAGUUAUAUAAAGAAACUAGGAUAUUGA